AAUAUAUGUGUACACGCACACAUAUACACACAAAUUAUAUAUAAUUGUACAUGUGUAUGUACGCUACAAAUUAUCAUCUUUCACAACGUUCUUUAAACUUGAUGGAUAAAAAUAAAAAUGAUGAGCAAUCCUCUCAUAUGACCGUUAAUUCGAUCAUCCAAGAUCAUGCCAACGAGAUUGAAGUAGAUACAACGUCUACACGUUCGGUAGCACGUUCUGUUGUCACUCAUGAGCAAUAUAUUCCUUCUUCAGCGUCGAAACAAACCACAAAUAUCGAGCGACGUUACGAAUUAAUUGGAAAUAUCAAUGUUAUUAAUCAAUUGGAAGUUAAUCAAGAUGUGUUUUGCAUCUGCUAUACGGAAACUUACGAUUUUUUGGUGGCAGGAUUGACAGACGGAAAUUUAAAGUUCUACAAAGUUAGCACAGGAGAGAAUACGUUGGUCUUAUGCGACGUAGAAAUGAUGCAGAAUCCGGCUCCGGUGACUGCUGUAAAACAUAGACCUGUACACAGAUCAUAUCCAAUCACCCAUACCGUAAUAGCGACUUAUGCUAAUGGUUGCGUUAAAUGCUGGCAUUAUCCAACUGCGCAAUGUCUUUAUACGAUACGAGAAAGGCGGCAAACGCUCGGUUUAGCUUACCAUCCUCAAUUACCGAAGUUUGUCACUGUUGGGAACAAUACGAAUUUAUACUUAUAUGAUGAAGAAACAAAGACACGAGAAAGAGUAUUUCGCAGAAGUGAUGCACCAGAUGUCAUGGACGGUCAUAAAUCCAGAAUUUUUAGCGCUUGCUUCAAUCCCCAAUCUUCAUAUGAACUAAUAAGUGCGGGUUGGGAUAACACUAUCCAAUUUUGGGAUACCAGACAAGCUCAUUCUCUUCGAUUUAUAUCAGAUGUACAUAUGUGCGGUGACGGUCUUGAUAUCAGCCAAAAUGGAAAAGAGAUUCUUACUUGUUCCUGGCAAGAAAAAAUCCUUUGCAAUUAUGGGACUACGGUAGUGGCAAGUUGAUUGCCACUUUGGAGCCGGACAGUUAUUCUUCUCUGUUGUACGUUGGAAAAUAUGUAACAAAUUUGUAUGUUGCAUGCGGUGGAUGCGAUAUUGAUCUCUUCAGGAUCGUCGAUUUACAGUCUCAUUCUGUAAGUUUGACAAAAUUUUUUACUAUUUCACAAAUAAGUGCAUUAAUGUGUUUACAUUUAGUAUUUUGUUUGCAAAAAAAAAA